AGUCGGACGCUGCACCGCCAGAUUGCUGGGUGUCUUCUUGGUCCGGUGCCGGAAGUCAGUCAGAAUCAAUGUUGGACGCUAUGGAGCAGGCGAAAAUGGCGUCACCCAAGAGCGCUCCAAAGGAUGCUCAGGUUAUGGCCCAGAUUCUGAAGGAUAUGGGGAUUACAGAGUAUGAACCGAGGGUCAUUAACCAGAUGCUGGAGUUCACGUACAGAUAUGUGACGUCGAUUCUGGAAGAUGCCAAGAUUUAUUCCAGUCAUGCCAAGAAGAAUAAUAUUGAUGCCGAUGACGUCAGGCUGGCGAUUCAGUGUAGAACAGACCAGUCAUUUACAUCGCCUCCUCCAAGAGACUUUUUACUAGAUAUAUCAAGACAGAAGAACCAGACGCCUCUACCAUUAAUCAAACCCUAUGCUGGACCCCGGCUGCCACCAGAUAGAUACUGCCUGACUGCGCCAAACUACAGACUGAAAACAAUAACGAAAAAGAUUCCGUCAUCUGGAAGCAGAAUAACUGUCCCAAGAUUAAGUGUGGGGACCGUAUCAAGCCGACCCAGCACGCCAACAAUAGGGACUCCUGCCUCUCAGACCGUGUCUGUUUCUAAGGUUGGUGGUACUCCAGUGGCUCUCACUGGCCAAAGAUUUACCGUUCAGAUUCCAACUUCACAGACCACAGUUAAGACAGCCACUUCUACAACGCCCACAGUGCAGAACGUCCUGAUCAACCCGUCACUGAUCGGAUCCAAAAAUAUUCUCAUUACAACUAACAUGGUGUCCUCACAGAACUCCGUGAAUGAAUCCAACUCAUUAAAGCGGAAACAUGAAGAUGAUGAGGACUACGAUGCGUUAUAACAUGGACUUUAUUUUAAAAAAAGGCUCAAGGAUUACUCAAACUUAUACAAUUUCUUUUUUUAUGUGGAGAAAGUAAAAAUAUUAAUUUGCACAAGUG